GCGCUGGGACGGGACUGCUGCGACAGCAUAGUAGCUCCCAGUGGCUACAGUUAGCUGGCUAACUGCUGCUAGCUGUCGGUGCAGCUGAAAAUGUUUACUUUCUGCCGGUUGUUAACGGAGCGGAGGACGGUAGCAGCGUCGGAGGAUUGUGCCAUGACUUGCCAGUGUCUCGUUGACGACAUUACCAAGCUUUAAGUUAUGCUCUCACGAAAGAAAAGUAAGAACGAAGCGUCAAAACCAGCCGAGGUACAAGGGAAAUAUGUGAAGAAGGAAACGUCUCCGCUCCUCAAAAACCUUAUGCCCUCAUUCAUCCGCCAUGGACCCACUAUUCCCAGACGAACAGAGGGACCCCCGCCAGAGAUGACGCCCUCUUCCUACUCUGUGGCGACCAGCAGGGAGUCGGUUGUGUCCCGUAACAAGAGCGUCCUCCGCUCGCCCGUGCAGAGGUCGCCACAUGAAGUGGCCCGCAGAGAGAGCCACCGCAUGUCAGCGCCACCAUACCUGCCUCGCAGUCUGGGAGACCUGUCCCACGAGUACCGCGGCUCAUCGCAAUCCUUCCUGACCGACGUGAGCCCCAUGUCGGAGAAUGGAGAUGCUGCUGGGUAUUACUUCCCACCUGAACCCUAUUAUGAAAACCAGCAGCAGCGUCAGCCCAGGAGAAUGCAGGAGCGCUUCCCUGAAGGCUAUAGAUACCAUGAACACAACUUCCAAAGACAUCUCCACCAACACCUCUCCCCAGUGCCAAACCGACCCCCCUCAGGCACAGGUCAAACGCAGGCCAGGUCUCUGGGGAAUCUGUCCAGCCUCUCCACUGAGGACGACCUCCUUCCGGCCGGGUGGGCUGUCGACUGGACCGUUGGUGGCAGGAAGUACUACAUCGACCACAACACCAACACUACACACUGGAGCCACCCUCUAGAGAAGGAGGGGCUCCCUGCGGGCUGGGAGAAAGUGUAUUCUGCUGAGUUUGGCGUCUAUUAUAUGGAUCACAUUAACGAAACAGCACAGUAUCGACAUCCAUGUGCCCCGAGUGUGCCUCGCUACGAUCAGCCGCCUUCGCCGCCGCCCCCUGUGACCCAUCAACCACAAAGGAUGCAGCAGGUGCUGGUGCCGGCUAACCCGUACCACACGGCUAAUAUCCCAGAGUGGCUGCAGGUGUACGCUCGCGCACCUGUCAAGUACGACCACAUCUUGAAGUGGGAGCUGUUCCAGCUGGCCGAGCUGGACAAGUAUCAGAGCAUGCUGAAGCUGCUGUUCAUGAAGGAGCUGGAGCAAAUCGUCAAGUUGUACGAGUUGUACCGCCGGGAACUGCUGUCGGAGCUGGAGGCCCGCAAACACCGCCAGCAGUGGUUCAGCCGCUGCUGGCGUACCACUGCGCCGGCAACAUUUCACGGCAGUUCUGCUGCGCCAUGAGGAACGCCUUCGCUGACAGUUUGGGGGAGCGGUCCGUGUUUUGCCUGCGAUAUCGAGAUUGACUUGUAAAUUGCUUCCUUACCAAAAAACGAAAUAAAAAAAAAAACAUCCGUGCCUUUUUGCUCGAUCCAAAUAUAUAUAAAUAUAUCAGCCAAGAAGUCGACACUUCCUGACAGGAGUAAGAGGGAGAAUCAGCUCAAGUGAUGCUCACUUUUUGAAUGACGAAGAGAAAAAACGCCAGCAUGAAGACGUCGCCGGUGGACGCUGCUUGUUGUGGCGUUUGGAACCACCAACCUGAGACGUGAAUGAUGGUGCAAUUUUUUUUUUUUUCUUUUUUAGUACUGAGAAGCACUAAGUCUGAAAGUCUGGAAAUUUGCUGCAAAACAUCAUAAAACUGUGCCUUUAAUAAAAUCAAAUGCAUCAUCUUUUCAGUUUUUGCUCAUAUCAUGCUGACAUCAUCUAAACCGUCUAUUUUUUUUUUUCCUGCAAAAAAAACGACCGGCAGCUGCUUUUAUUUAAACACUACAUUUUUUUUUCCCCUUUUGCUUUGUAACCAUCAUAAACUAAAUAAACUUAUGCAUUGCUCUUG